CCACCUGUUUAAUUGUAGAAUUCACGACGGAAAUGACUCCAGCUGGACACAAGCUGAGUGUUUUCGAGGCGGCGGAUUAACAGUCAUAAAAUGACAUUUACCGACACCGGAAGCGGACAAACUUUGUGGCUUUUUCGCUGAGAGCCCCGAGACGAACCGGCGGAAUCCCGGUGAAGAUGUUCGCUCAGGUGAAGUUGCAGGUCGGGAGGUUAACGAUGUCAGGGGUCGUUGGUUUUGGAAAAUGAUCGCUGGCAGCACCGACGGUAAAAUAAUGAUCAGAAGAUGUCUAGUGACGUUCAAACCGUUCAGGAUAUUCGUGGUGGGGAUCGGCUUCUUCAGCCUGUGUUUUCUAAUGACUUCUCUGGGGGGGCAGUUCUCAGCCAAGAGACUGGGGGACUCCCCGUUCACCAUCCGCACAGAAGUGCUGGGAGGUGUGGAGUCGCGAGGUGUUCUGAGGAAGAUCAGUGACAUGCUUGAAGUGAUCUUGAAGAGGAUGGACAGCCUGUCAAAACUCGACAACACCUCCACCAGUGACGCACGCCGCCUGGAUGAGCUCAGCUCUGCGAUCAAAAGGUUUCAGCCAGCCGGCCUUGUGGAGAAAAUACAAGCUAUAGCACAGAAUGUUUCCAACAUGGCCAUCAGGGUGGAGCAGAUACUGCAAAACAGCAUGGUUCAAGGAAGAGCAAUGAGAGAUGGGACUUCCGGUCAGUGUGAAAUACCGAGAGAUCCUCGCUUUCCAGAGUGCCCUGGGAAAGUAGAUUGGAUGCGAGCACGAUGGACAUCCGACCCUUGUUACGCGUUUUACGGUGUUGACGGCUCAGACUGCUCCUUCCUCAUCUACCUGAGUGAGGUGGAAUGGUUCUGCCCCCCGCUGUCCUGGAGGAAUCACAGCAGCCCCCCUAUCCAGCAUGUACAACAGGUCCCAGGUCCCAAGAGGCAGGCUGCUUUCCGCACAGACCUCUCUGUGCUCCUGGACCAGGUCGGGACAGGAAAGGAGUCCCUCAGCUUUAUGAAGCAACGAAUCCAACGUCUCGCGCAGCAGUGGGCGACAGCUGCCAACCACCUGGAGUCCAAACUGGAGCAGCGAUGGAGGGACCAGAAGAAGAUCCUGAUUCAUGUUGGCUUCCUCACCGAGGAAUCUGGGGAUGUUUUCAGCCCAAAGGUCCUAAAGGGGGGUCCACUGGGAGAAAUGGUGCAGUGGGCUGACAUCCUCACAGCUCUCCAUGUUCUCGGACAUAAUCUCAAGAUCUCCAUGUCUGUCAAAGAGCUGCAGGGGUUCCUUGGUGUGCCACCUGGAAGAGGAAGCUGCCCACUGACUGGCCCCCUGCCCUUUGACCUCAUCUACACCGACUACCACGGUCUGCAGCAGAUGAAGCAACACAUGGGGCUCUCACUCAAGAAACACAACAGAUGCCAUAUCCGGGUGAUUGACACAUUUGGGACAGAACCAGCCUACAAUCAUGAAGAAUAUGCGACGCUUCAUGGCUACCGCACCAACUGGGGUUACUGGAACCUCAAUUCCAGGCAGUACAUGACCAUGUUCCCUCACACACCUGACAACUCAUUCAUGGGCUUCGUUUCGGAGGAACUGAACGAAACUGAGAAGAGAAGCAUCCAACAGAACAAAGUCAACAACAUGGCUGUCGUCUACGGGAAGGAAGCCAGCAUGUGGAAGCUUCAGGGUAAGGAGGGUUUCCUGCAGAUUCUCCACAGGUACAUGGAGGUCCACGGUACAGUUUACUACGAGACCCAGAGACCGCCUGAGGUCCCGGCCUUUGUAAAGAACCACGGCCUGCUCCCUCAGCAUGAGCUGCAGCAACUGCUGCGCAAGGCCAAGCUUUUCAUUGGUUUUGGAUUUCCCUAUGAAGGCCCCGCCCCUCUGGAAGCAAUAGCCAAUGGCUGCAUCUUUUUGCAGCCCAAGUUCCAGCCACCGCACAGUUCACUAAAUCACGAGUUUUUCAGAGGGAAGCCAACUUCUAGAGAGGUGUCCUCCCAGCACCCAUACGCAGAGCGGUACAUCGGCAGGCCUCACGUCAUGACUGUGGAUUACAACAACUCCCUGGAGUUUGACACUGCUAUCAGGGAGAUCAUGAGGACCAAGGUGGAGCCAUACCUGCCUUAUGAGUAUACCUGUGAGGGGAUGCUGGAGAGAGUCCAUGCCUACAUUCAGCAUCAGGACUUCUGCAACCCAGAGCCUCUCUUUAUACCAGCCAACCUCACCAGAUGGGAACCUACAGGUGGCGGUAGAGCUAUUGGACCUCUGUUUGUGCCUCUGCACAAUUCCACAGCCCUUGGCUGGGCUUCCAGUGUGACAGCUCCUGUUGUCUGGCCUCCUCUAACUUCCCUCAGGCUGCUUGUAUCUCAAGAGGAUCAGUCAUGUGUGGAGGCGUGUCACCUUGCUGGUCUCAUCUGUGAACCUGCUCACUUUCGCUUCAUCAACAACAAAGAGGCCCUUCGUGGGUUGGAGGUGCAGUGUGCAGUAGUUGGCUCUGAGAUCAACCACAUCCUCCCAGCAUUCUCUGUGAUGCGGCGGGAGUGCGGCCUCCAGCGCGACCCCAUGCUCUUCAGUUGUGCAGGACAUUACCCAAAAUACAGGCGUCUUUGCCCCUGCAGGGACUUCCGCCAUGGCCAAGUGGCACUGUGCAGAGACUGUCUCUAUUGAUGGUGCACACAAAGAGGCAACCACGACAAAAAAAAGAAGAAAUUGCUGGGGGCAAGACACACUGGAAGGUUACAUCAGGCGAGAAAAGAUGUGGAGCUCUUAGAGGUUCUCUGAGGGGGCAGAGUUGACUUAAACAAGCUUGUUUCCCCCAAAACCAA